GUUUUUGUUCUGCCGAGAAGAGCAGUCGACAUCUUUGAAGAAAGGUUUUGGGUAUCAUGUUGUGACAUUUUGGUGGCUUAUAAAGUCAUUGCCGCUGCGUUGAGCGACUUCACAACAGAAAGGAACUCCAAAGUUUAUUUGAAUUUUUAGUUAUUCUUCUUUUUUGCUGUUGUUUUGCUCUUAAAGAUGGGCAGUCAGUAUCAGCGCUCUGUCCCACUGGAGGUGAGGAGAGCGGAGGGAGAAAGAGUUCGGGCCAAGCAUCCUGACAAGAUACCGAUCAUUGUGGAGAGGGCCUCGAGGUCACGCGCUCCGGAGCUCGACAAGAAGAAGUACCUCGUACCCUCAGAUUUAACAGUGGGCCAGUUGUGCUUUCUGAUUCGUCAGCGUAUGUCUUUGAGACCAGAGGAGGCGCUCUUCUUCUUCGUUAACAACUCUCUCCCUCCAUCCAGCUGUCCUCUCUCAACUGUAUACGAGGAGCACCAUGAAGAGGACCUUUUUCUCUACAUGACUUACAGCAAUGAGAGCGUGUAUGGUGCUUAAAGCAAAACAAAAGACUGAAAAAGAACCCAGAGGGAGAAUGAGAGUAGAUGAACUGAGACUGGAACGAAGAUUUGACAAAUAUUUGAGACCUGCGCCACUUCUGAAUAGUAGCUUUGACAAGUAUUUGCAGUUUAAGUUGGAAGAAGGACUU